CGAGGCCCGAGCAGUCUUCUGCUGGCCGUGCGCGCGAUACACACACACACACACACACGUGGUGCAGUGAUAUAGCCCCACAGUAGCAUCCCACAGUAGCAUCCCUCUCCGCGCGUUCUGUGCACGCGAUAUUAUACGAGGACAUGUCGGCGCUCGCGCGGCCCGGGCCGGCCCGGCCCUGAGAGCAUGUGGACGAUGCACCAGGAGCCAGCCCAGCGUUCGCUCACGAGGACGAUGUCGCCCCUCGGCCAGCCGGCCGAGGAGGCGGACGCCGGAGCCACGGCGGUCAGGCAGCCCCGAGUGCGCGGCCACGUGCUGCUGCCGGCCGAGCCCUUCCGCUACGAGCACCUGCAGCGGCACCUGCACUCCGAGCCCGCCGCCAGGACGGAGCUCGGGGAGGAGCUCGUCGCCGGGGCCAAGGCCAAGCGCAGCGAGCCCGAGGACGAGGAGAGCGAGGAGGAGGAGCCCGGCAAGACGCGGCCGAGGCCCGCCGAGGAGGACGACGAGGAGGAGGACGAGGAGCGGGAGAAGCGCGACGAGGACGUCGAGGUCGACGUCGAGGUCGACGAGAGCAACCCCAGCAGCCCCGUCGACCUGACCGCCUCCUCGAGGUGCCCCUCGAACCCCGACGUCUCGCAGUUCGCGCAGCCCCGGGCCGGCCUGCACCAGCCGUUCGGCUGCCUGGCCAACGGGGCCGCCCUGCUGCCGCACCACAGCCCCGUGCUGAUGGCCAGCAACGGGCAGCACCCGCUCGGCGUCCCGACGGUCUACCACCUCGGCCCGCUGCCGUCGGCCCUCGUCUGCGGUGGCCCGAGGAGCUGCGCGACGUCCGGCGCCGUGACGAGCACCACGACCAGCACCGCCGGGCCCGGGGGCCAGGGCAACAAGCGCGGACUGGCCUUCUCCGUGGAGAACAUCCUCGACCCGAACAAGUUCACCGGGGGCCGGAUCGUGCACAGCGGGCUGGCGCACCGGCGCAGGCGACACAGCGGCAGCGUUCACGAAGAUGGUGAUUCGCGGGGCGAAUUCGCGAGCGGCAGCGGCCAGGAGGACGAGGCCGGGACGCCGGACCACCUGGACAUGGACAUGGACGACGACGCCCUGGACGAGGACGAGGACGACGACGUGGACAUGCGAACCAGCACCUCCGAUCAGCAGGACAUCGACGGCUCGAGCCACAUCCACGACAGUAACGCCUCGACGCCCUCCAACUGCAGCGGCAACGGCGCCAACAACAACAACAACAACAACAACCCCAGCAAAAAGCGCCAGUCCUCCUCCCUGUCCUCCGGUUCCUCCGGCGGUCAGAACUGCCCGUCCGGCCAGAGCAACGGCGGCGGCGGUGGCGGCAGCAACAGCAGCAGCGGCGGCGGCAAACCCCGUCGUGCCCGGACGGCCUUCACCUACGAGCAGCUCGUCGCCCUGGAGAACAAGUUCAAGACCACGAGGUACCUCUCCGUCUGCGAGAGGCUGAACCUCGCGCUGUCGCUCUCCCUCACCGAGACGCAGGUGAAGAUCUGGUUCCAGAACCGGCGGACCAAGUGGAAGAAGCAGAACCCGGGCCUGGACGUCAACAGCCCGACGGUCCCGACGACGCCUCCCCACCCUACACCCUACGGGCCCGCGUUCCUCUUCGCGACCCACCCGCACGGCCACGCCCACCCCCACGCGCACCCGCACAGUCACGUGCACCAUGCGCCGCCUCCCCCACCGCCGCCAGGCUACUACCACCACCCGGCGCCCCCCUACGCUCCCUCCGGGCCCAGCUUCUUCGGGCAUCACCUCACGGGCCCCGCGACGCCCGUCUCCGUGGGGGUAGCCACGCCUCAGCCGGCCGCCGCCACCCCCACCUCCAGCGCCGGUUUGGGCCUCAGCCAGACCGCGACGGCCGCCGCCGGUCACGCGCACCCACACGCGUAGCGAAUCCAGGCGGUGCGCCUCGUCGUGCCCGGCAACUGGCCCAGCAACUCCGAUGAGUGAUGCUGCCUGUAAAUAGAUGGACGACUUCUUGCGGCCACAUACAUAUCCCGGCGGAGGAUGACGGGGCGAGACACUCCAAGGGCUUUCAUUAUCCGUGAGAGAGAGAGAGGAGAUGGUGUAAAUCUACUAGCGGAGAAACUACGAUGUUUUUGUACAGAUGAAAGUGCAAUAUGGGCGAUGUGAAUAUAGACAUAUGAUACUUAUCGAAAUGUUUCGCAAUCUCUCAUUCGUCAGAAGAGCCUAGUUUAGCCUACUACGUUCGUCUAUAUUCAAUAGAAGAAAAUUCUCGUUGAACAAGUUGGUUCCACUCGACGCUCGAGAGCCGCAAACAAUUAUCCAAGUAACUAUAAAUACACAUAGAUAUCCAAUGCGACGGGGCCUUGGAGCGAGGCUUUUGUAAAAUACGCGUACGAUAUAAUUUCGGUGUACGAAAAUAACCAAAGACUCUAUACCUACCAAAGAGCGAACGGUGCGUGUAUAUAAAUACACCUACCGCUCGCAGUAUAUCGUCGCGACGAACGUUUGCGAGCGUGUAACUGCUGUAUCCAGAGAAAAAGAAUGAAAAGUGUGUGUGUGUGUGUGUGUGUGUGUGUGUGUGUGUGUGUGAGUGCGAUCCAAGGUCUAUUAUCUAUAUCUCUCCUCUGUAAAAUAAACGCGCUUGUAAACCUCCGGCCGAGUUCGCACGUGUUGAAUGUAUAAGCCCUCUACACCUCUGUAACCGAGACUAAGAAAACAUCGCCUGUGGGCGACUCGUUUUUUAUGCUCCCUCUGUCGCUCUCUUUUCCGUUGAGGCGCGGGAGUACGCCGGAAUUCGCAGCAUUUUCGACGUUUUGUACAUAGUUCUCGUUAGGUUAAACUCUGUACGCCGGAUAUAUAAACCAAGACACUGUAAAUACAACAAGUAUGCACAUAAUUAAUUUGAAGUUAAAUAUAAGUAAGCGCAUUGUUAUCACGUACACCGUAUCGUCGCAGAAUGUUUUCAACGAUUUACCGACGAGAGACUCUGGUCUAUAAAUUUGCGUUAUAAUACCACUCCGUGUAUGGAUCAUGUCCAUACGGAAGCAGGAGCUAUUUUAUAGAAGGUUUAUUUGAUUAAAGCAACACAUCAGCAUCACAAGACGUAUA